UUUUAAUGCACAUCCUAGAUUAUCAUUAAAACAUGCAUCUUGUUAAACAGCGUUGAGUUCUCUUAGCAGUGUUCCUAAAUUCUAUGACUAGAACAAAUUACCCAGAGGGAGAAAGUCAUAUCAUCUAUUCUGCUUGCCUUUGUUUUUAUAACCCUGACAAGUUUUUUGGCUCUAACUGUGGUGGGAUAAAGAUUCUUGUGAGAAAGUGGGAAUGUAUCUAUACUGACUAUCCCAUUCUUCCUCACAAAGAGCCCAGGGCAGCUAACAACUUAUAUAAAACACAAAUGCGCCAAUAAAUGACUUAAAAACCCUAACUCUAAAAUCACAAAUACAAAAUCCUAACUCUAAAAUCACAAAUACAGAAUAACCUACAAUAAAACCGUUGUCAUAAUUAAAAAAACAACACCUACAGAGCACUUGCCUAUACCUAAAAGCCUGCACAAAUAAAUAGAUCUUUAACUUGCACCGUAAUGACCGUAGCGUGGAGGACAACUGAAUACAGAGGUUCCUCAUGUGCCAAGGAAGGUGGAGAAGUACUGUAUACUGCCCUGCCUUUUUUCCAUCUCGGAAUGCAAAGCGGCAUAGAUGGGGUUCUCCACUGCUGUGCCAUCCAGGCCCUGAUGAGAUCCAGACCUGCUUAGCUUCAUGGUGGGAAAUGGAGGCUUCUCCAGACCCUUCAUCUCCAGGGUUCUUGGAGGUGACCCAGCCUGAGGGGAUUCAGCAAGUCAAGCAAGAGUGUGAUGAAGCCUGCUGGGACCAUGACUUCCUCCUGAGAAACUUCUCUGUUGUAGAGCAAAGCGCUGGUACCCCUUUGGUAGGCCAGAAGGAACAAUCCUCAGUGUCUGUCUGCCAGACAGUAACCACUGAAGAGGAAACUAGAGAGAGGCUACCAGGACGUCACAGGGUUCCAGAUGUUCCUAGGCCUUCAAGCUUGGACACCAAUUUCCUAUCAGCAGAGAACUCUGUGGACCGUGGCACUCCCGCAUGUAGCUAUGCCCAAGAGGUGACAGAUCCAAGGAAGGGUCUGGUACACUCCAGUAGUCAGGUGCAGCAGUUCCUUGCCCAGGAUGACUGUGGGGCACCUGCUACCAUGACACAGCAUCACGGCGAGCCAAAACAGAGAGCUCUUGGGCAGUAUUACCAGAUAACCUAUGAAGCUUAUAUGCACCCGGGUCCCCCUUUGCUGGGCAAGCAUGCUUCUGACGGUCACCUUCCACCAGUGCAAUCCCAGCUGCAACAUUGCAGUCUGCCGAAUAGCUAUCCCUUUUACCAUGGCCAGUACCAAGCUCGCGUCCAGAUGUAUCAUAAAGAUACAGCUCUGCCUAAUUUGCCCCGUUUGGGGCUCCUGACAUCUACGCCUACCAGGGAAGCCGCAGCCAAGCCAAAGAAGGGACACAAGUCCUGUCCACGCAAGCAGCCUGCAAGCUACAUCUGCAGUCAUCCCAGCUGCGGCAAGUCCUACACCAAGAGCUCCCACCUCAAGGCCCAUCUCCGCACUCACACAGGUGAGAAGCCGUAUCGCUGCUCUUGGGAAGGCUGUGGUUGGAAAUUUACCCGCUCAGACGAGCUGACUCGCCAUUUUCGCAAGCACACUGGGCAACGCCCAUACAAGUGUCACCUCUGCCAAUGGGCUUUCUCCCGCUCGGACCAUCUCUCGUUGCACUUGAAGAGACACUUCGCACGGUAACCACAGACUGUGGUGGAUAUUCCGAGCCUGCAGCAGGUCUCGGAGAGCGGCGGAGUCGUGGUGGGGUGAGGGAUUGGUGAAACUGUAAACCUUUCUCUCCUGGUGGCCCCUUGGGUAUGUAUUUAUUUUCCAGAAAUAACGCACACCUUACUUGUUAUAGGGUUCUAAGACAUGAGACUCCCUGAUUUAAGGCUGUUGGAAUCUCAAAUGUAUAUCCUUAUUUUCUCUAUUGUUUCCCCACCUCAGAAGAAAAAAAAACUUAAAAGAAUUCUGACCCAUAAGACAAAAGCUCAUCUCCAAUAUGAUCAUUCUUUCAAACAGAAACUUGGACACCUUGCUUGUGCAUGUCUUUUCCCCAUGUCUGUUUCUGGUUCACAUCUACAGAUUAAAAACAACAAAACGGGAGAACGGGGUAGCCAGAGGGUGGUCAGGGGGAGGAGAGCCAUUUGCCCUGUUCCUCCCCCCUCCUUGGUGGCUGGCCUGCUGGUGGCAGCAAUUCCGCAUUGGCACUCCUUCCCGUGCAGAUGCCAGGAAAGAGCACCAAUGUGGGAGCCUGAGGCCUUGCCACACUGUCUUGGUUCUCAAUGGCUUCUGGGAAAUAGAAUCGUUUCUUUCUUUUUAUUUUUCUUUGUCAUCCAAGUAGACCACUGUCUGCUCUGCAGUGCUCUAAAAUAUUCUUAUGAGUGUGACCUGGAGGGGAUCUACACAGAGUCGUCGGGGCGCCCUGAAGGCG